CCGUUUGGUGAAACCCACUGAAUUCUUGCUAGAGAAAGUAAUUUUCCUCUACGCGUGAAGAAUCAGUGGCCUACUUUGCCCACUUUUGCCCAACACUCAGUGUAAUUCUUAAAAAACUAUUCCGACUCACGGCUUCGGUAAUACACAACGGCUAGACAGAGGGCGCAGGAUAUCGCCUCCCCAAGUUACACAAGAAGAAGACUAGAGUCAAGGGCGUGGUUGCCAGAAUUCGCCUUCCACAGAAAAAUGCGUCCUGAUUGAGACAAAAGCAGGCUAGUACAGUAGUACAGCAGCUACAUUUGAGAGCCCAGUGGCUGUGUUUAUAAUAUUAAUAGCCGUGGAGCAAAGCUGUCCUCGUUGCCCCAGCCCUCUAGUUAAAGCGUAAGUUCGGAUGAAAAGCGCACACUGGCAACACAGCGUAGGCGUCAAUUGUCAAAGUAAUACUAACCUGCUUUGUUUGGGUCCGAUUUCCCUUGGUUAAAUUUGAAUUUUCUCCAAUAUGUGCCAGAGAAACUGAGCAAAAAUGCUGAACCAAGUCAAGGUAGAAGCCCUAUACUCGGCCACCUAUGUCGAAAAUUACCUGGACUGUGUGGAGAACUUCCCUAACGAGCUGCAGCGUCUGAUUUCCCGUAUGCGAGAACUGGACGUCUACUAUUUAGCUCGCGUGCGAGACGUACAGAACCAGCAGAAACAUCUGAAAGAAUGCACCAGCAACAACCAGAAGGAGAAACUGUUCAAGAGGAUGCAGCAGGCGUUGAUUGCAGCGCAGGAACUGGGCGACGAAAAGAUGACCCUACUGCAAAUCAUACAGGAGAAAAUCGAAGUAAAAACCCGCGGUUUGGACCAGGAUUUUAAAAAUUUAGAUUUCGGCAAAGGGGAGCCAUCCCUGCCGGAGCCCAAGGAGGUUCCGCCUCCUGUAACGUUGGCGACCACCAACAGCACCACAUCAGCUCCUAUUAACGUGGAGCGCCCCGUUAAAAGAGCCCGCAGGACUAGAAACGAAAAAGACAACUACGCCCCUGCAGAAACCAGACAGGCUGAAGCUGUCGCUACUGAUCACGUGCUUAGAAGUCAGGCGCCUGCCGUGAGCACCAGUACAGCCAGCACCAGCCAGAAGAAAACCACCACUGGCAAGAAGAAAAAGCGCAAAACGCGACAAAUCCAGGCUCAACGGGAGGAUUCACCACCACCAGAAGAACAAGUUAUUGAUCCGGACGAGCCCACUUAUUGCCUGUGCGAUCAGAUUUCGUUUGGGGAAAUGAUCAUGUGCGACAACGAUUUGUGCCCCAUAGAGUGGUUCCAUUUUUCCUGUGUGACGCUGACAACGAAGCCCAAGGGAAAGUGGUACUGCCCUAAAUGCAGAGGGGACCGGCCCAAUGUCAUGAAACCGAAAGCCCAGUUUUUACGUGAGUUGGAGAAGUACAACAAGGAGAAGGAGGAAAAAACAUAAUGGUGACCAUGGUUUGCAAACGAAUUUUUAAACUAAGUGUAUUGUUAAUGGGUUGGUCCUGGUUGCAGGUGUUUGCCAUCGUCAUUUCCUUUCAAAUAUAUUCAGCUUGUUUCAUUUU